AUGAAGUCCUCGCGGCUCUGCGCGCUCCUCACUUUGAUGACUGCGUGCUGUCAGCUCUGCAGCUGCGCGAGAUACGGCUGUUUGUUUGAUGGAGGCCUUUGCUCGAGUGAGCAGGUCUGCUGGGAUGAUGAGCUGUUCGGACAGUGCCUUGCGCAGCAGGAAGGCAGAUUUCGCUACAGGGUAACUGCAGCCUUGUUGGACAGGCUGCAGUCUUUACUACAGAUGCUCAUGAAGGAAGGACUGACCUGGCAGGAUGAUGUUACCCAAUCAGUCAUCGACAAGGAACUAAGCAAAGUUGCGAAGAUCCCGCUGCCAUCUGGUCUCAAGAACGCUCCCUCCUCUGAGUCAGAUGGAGGGGCAACAGACCAGCUGAACCCCAAACUGCAGCACUACAUGGACUACAUGAUUGUUGAUUCUCCCCAGUCCACCCUCCGCAUGCAAAGCCUGGAACCUUAUAGACCUACUUUUCAAAAGUACGGUUACCAGGACGAAGAGGAACGCUCUCUGAACCUGGUGGAGGGGGACGUGUACCCCCCAUCCUCUUCUCACUCCAGGGGGUCUGCAUCACGUCCUCACCCGCUGGAUAAAGACACACAGCUGCUUCAGGAUCUGAUGUCUCUCCUCCUCUCUUCACCUGCACAACCCGACUCCCGCCACAGGGUGGCCACACCUCUGUCCUCUUCAUCUUUCUUCCAGGGUCUGGAUUUUCCACUGGACUACAGCAAGGACUACGUUUCCCAGGAUGUGGAGGUCAGCAGCCAGCAAGAGAAGAAGAAAACCCCUAAGGAGUUUGGAAGGUUUGAUGACUCCACUCAGCAGAGUCUGAAUGAGUUAUUACUGCAGCAUGGCUUCGACCUGGCUCAGCUGAACCCUGGAGAGAUGGAGCGCCUCUUCACCGUGCUGGGCCUCCUGCAGAAUGAGCCUCCAAUCACACACAAUCAGGAUCGUACUGAUUCAGCUGCCCCACAAAAGCUGAUGAAAAUCACCGAGGGGAAGAUGACACAUAUAGUGGAAAAACCUCCAACCCCAGCCGCCUCUUCCUCCUCUGCUUCGGUUCCUGAGGGCACCUUGCAGAAUAACGACAUUACAGAAGGGGCCAGUGUGCUGGGCCCUCCAGCCCCCUUGAAACAGGAGAAGGGGUGGAAGGGAGAGGAAAAGGUGUGGAAAGGAGUCCCCAAUGCAACACCAGUAAAGAAUCAAACCAAAUAUAAAGAGGAGUAUGGAUACAUCAUUACGAACCAGAGUCCCCUCUCUCUGUCCGAUGGGGUUCGUCUGCUGGAGACCCUGGCUGAGAGGAUCCACCUCACCACCGGCACAUUCCUCAAUAUCAGCGUGGUAGGUCCGGCUCUCACGUUCCGAGUUCGCCCGAACAGCCAGAACCUGACUGCUGCUGAAGUGGCAGACAAGGCUGUGGCCGAGAAGAACUUUCUAGAAUCGGAGACCGGCCUGAACGUGCUGCAGGCAGGAGUCGGAGAGAAAAAUGAAGCCUUGCCGGUUGCGACGCGUGUGCGGGACGGCACCCGGUGGGUGUUCCUCACCUUUGUGGGUGUGGCCUGUGUGGGCGGCCUCUUAGUCGGUUCGUUGACCAUCGCCUGCCUGCGCAGCCAUGCCCGCCAACUGGCCUCUGGAAAGCUGGGCCUGGGGCCGGAGGCAGGAAGUGACACCCACUAUGCAUACCAGGACCUCUGUCGGCAGCACAUGGCUGCGAAGUCCUCUUCAGGCAAGCACGAGAGCGAGGCAGGGGCUACAGGCGGGGGAGGCACAGUAGGAGGCUCAGGGGGAGGAGGAGGGACAGACACGUCGAGGGUCAGCAGUGUAUCGUCUCAGUUCAGCGAUGCCGCUCAGCCCAGCCCCAGCUCUCACAGCAGCACCCCCUCCUGGUGCGAGGAGCCAGCGCAGUCCAACAUGGACAUCUCCACCGGACACAUGAUACUGGCAUAUAUGGAGGACCAUGUGAAGAAUAAGGACCGCCUGAUGAAGGAGUGGGAGGCAUUGUGCUCCUACCAGGCAGAACCCAGCACUGUGUCUGUCGCGCAGAACGAAAGCAACCUCAAAAAGAACCGCUGUCCGGACGCUGUGCCGUAUGAUCACUCCCGUGUGAAACUGAAGGCCGAGAUUAACCCCUCGAGGACUGACUACAUCAACGCCAGCACCAUAAUUGAGCAUGACCCCAGAAUGCCAGCGUACAUCGCCACCCAAGGACCCCUCUCACACACCAUCUCUGACUUUUGGCAGAUGGUCUGGGAGAACGGCUGUACCGUGAUCGUUAUGAUGACUGCGCUUGUUGAGGACGGAGAGAAGCAGUGCGAUCGCUACUGGCCUGAUGAAGGCUCCUCCCUCUACCACAUCUACGAGGUGAACCUGGUGUCCGAGCACAUCUGGUGUAACGACUUCUUGGUGCGUAGCUUCUACCUGAAGAACGUCCAGACGCAGGAGACGCGCACUCUCACUCAGUUCCACUUCUUGAGCUGGCCUGCACAAGGCAUACCAACCUCCACGCGCCCCCUGCUGGACUUCCGCAGGAAGGUGAACAAAUGCUACCGAGGACGCUCCUGCCCCAUCAUCGUCCACUGCAGUGAUGGUACAGGCCGGACUGGAACGUACAUCCUGAUUGACAUGGUUCUAAACCGCAUGGCUAAAGGGGUGAAGGAAAUUGAUAUCGCAGCAACGCUGGAGCACAUUCGGGACCAGAGACCAGGAAUGGUGCGCACGAAGGACCAGUUUGAGUUUGCUCUGACCGCUGUGGCUGAAGAGGUCAAUGCCAUUCUAAAAGCUCUGCCCCAGUGAGACCAACAGACCAGGACCUGAUCGUUGUUUAAAACACACACACACACACACACACACACACACACACACACACACACACACACAUUCCUUACAGAAUAUAUGUUUAUGCAUGGAAGCAACCCCAAGACCUUGCCCUCCCUCUGAUUAGACCAUUCCAGCAAAUACACAUACACAGAAGUGUGAGACAGCACUUGGGGGUGGGGGCUGUACAGCAAGUGCUGCCUCAACCUGCCUUUCUGAAGUACUAACAUGACACCAACUCAGUGCCCACACACAAGGGCAUCACAGCUGGGGCAGUGGUAGGCAUGCAGGGGCGUAGCCAGCCAACUAGUGGGCACAGGUCUUUUUUCCCCUACUAAGUGAACCUUUUUAUUAUAGUCACAUGGUAUCUUACAUAGGUCAGCUAUUGAUCUGAUGCUAUUAUUACAUUAUUACAGCAAUUAGUCGGGCCUGCUUUACCUGCCCUCGUCCAGCACUUCAGCUAUUCAUUACAUAAUUUAUGUUUUACCUGUUCUUUUUUUGGAACUAAUUAUUUAUUAAAGCAUCACAGAAAGAUUCACAACUUCGCAGUCAGGCCACAGUAAGUCAGAUGUGUACAUUCAAGCAUACAUACAUUCACACUGAUGUUCCCAUAUACCUGCCAAAAACUAACAAUAAAAAACAGUAACCUGGAUGGAAGGGAGGAGAUUGAUUCCUACUACUUGUUUAAAUUCAAUUAUACCAUAUUUUCAAAGCAUUAUUGACAUUGCUGAACUAACAAAUUUCUGCUUCUGUAGUCUCAAAUUAUGUGCUAUUUCUUCCAUAUUAUGUAGUUCCCAUCAACGCACCCAGGACUCAAAUGUUGGGGCACUAGUUUUCAGCCAAUUAACAGUUAUACCUUUAAUGGCUGCUGCAAAUAAAAUGUGGAGAUGGUAGUUUUGGCACCUGUUAUCCAACUCCUAACAAUGACACUAAAGGCUCUUUAGGGAUUGGAAUAUCAAAGACAGAGUUUAGAGCAUUAUAGAUAUUCUCCCAAUACUUCCUCAGUUUUUCCCAUGUCCAAAAAAUAUGGCUGUUUUCCCUGUUCUGAUAAUAACUUUUUAUUGAUAUUGAUCAUGAAACAGUGUCUGGAGCCUUUGCAGUACAUCAAACCUCAUCCCUGAACGUAGCUUAGUGCUAGUCAGAAAUUUUAAUUUGAAUAUUUUUUUUAUUUUUUGGGUCUUCGUUUUUUUAUUGGGCCAGUCAAAUGACCCACCUGACCCCCUAACACCUUGGCUACGCCCCUGAAUUGACUACCAAGACUUGGAUAGAGGGGCCCUCAUGGCGUCGGGUCUAAAAAGUUUACUUUUUCAUUUCUGAGCAAGUAGUGAAUUUUGGCAUCUCUUAAAAAUACUGGUUGUAAACAUUUUCCAAAAAUGAGAAGAGGCCCUACAGAGGCUGUGUUGGUACUGGGCCCAAAAACCUCCACUGCACACAAACGCACACACAUACAGAGCAAAGCAAAUUGUAAAAACUCAAACUCAUCCCAAACUCUUUAGGAUCUCUCCCGUUCUUUUGGCAUUAAAAAUGGAAUGAGUAGAGGAGUAAUCCCCUGGCCCUUGUAUUUGCUCUGCUCUUUGGAUAAAGCCUCCAAUUCUCCUCUCGUAACCAUGGUGAUGGCUUUGUCCCGUUUCCACCUAGGCAGUGCUGUGAGUGUUUUUCCCAGGAUCCUCUAGUCUCCAGUAGCAUUAGUGCAUGAGAGGCUGUAGGGAAUGCAGUCAGGCAGAGAUCAUGCUCUGCUUGAGGGGUUAAUGCGGUUUGGUGACUUUGGUUUCUGCGUGGUAUUAACUGAACGCUCUCGCUUCGUCCGUCUAGCCUCUCUUCAAUUCCAGACUUUGUCUCGCUCUCUUAUAUACCUGUUGAUUGUGGUAAAGUUAUUGUUCUUUCCUUCUUGCAUCAGUAUAAAAAUGAUAUAAAAACAGUAAAUGUAUCUGAAUAAGAAAUAUAUUUAUUUUGUAUCUCGUGAUUAAUAAAAUUCUGUUUCGUGAAGUGAUGCAGCAGCAUCACUGUGUA